CACACACACACACACACACACACACACACACACACACACACACACACACACACACGUAAAGCAAUGGCUACAAAUAGGAACAAGAGUCUAAGUAUGUGUCAGGUGCAGAGACAUAGAGAUUCAGGGUCACAUCACUAAGGGCUGCUCAGUGUCUUUUCUGUGCACGUCCUUCCUACUUCAUUCUCAUCAUUGUAUCCCAGGGACCCUGUUUUUCUUUCCUCACCAUUCAGAAUACAAGAAAUGAAGAUUCUGAAAAAGAGCUGCUGCCUAGAUGAAGGGCUGGCAAGGUGACAUGUUUCCUUGAAGAGUGGGAACUUGGAUUGCUUGUUUGUUUGUGUCAUUUUCUAUCACAGACUGGGGGAGAGCUGAGGUCAGGGGGUGGGGGAGGCUGGAGAAGGCCGCGGGCUUGAGUUUUCCGACCAGAGAGCAAGGAGUGGACUAGCUUGAUCCUUGGGGGUGCCUCUGGGCUGAGGGGGAAGCUGACUCUUGAGGGGAAGCAUGGAGCUGACAGCAGAUGAACGGAGGGCCCCCAGCUAACUUCCAGGGGGGCACCUCCCUUUCAUCUUCUCUUCUCCCCCUUUCCUCCUCCUUCCUCUAUGCAACCUUCAGAAGUAGAUGUGGAAAUCUACUCAGUCAUUGGAAAUAUUCUUAGUAUCAUGGGAUAGUAAGAGCUCAGAGAAUCUCCAGGAAAUGUGAGAACCAGGCUGUACAGACAGGAAUAAGAAAGGCCAAUCAGAGGGAGCACACAGACGGAGCCACACUGUAGCACUACCUGGGAAGGACACCACUGUCCCCUGCUGAGUGGCAACCCCUGUCACUUUGCACAGGUGACACUACCGGCCCUGCACAGGCGACACACCGCCAGUGGCUCCAGUGACUUCUGCUGCACCUGGUCAGUCUUAAACUAGGGCUCUAGAGGUGAAUGUGCCCAGGGCCUCCUCCUUGAGUCUCUCAACUCACGUCAAAAGCUGGAGCCCUUGUGACUGCUGGGGACUGGCCAGCCCUUGGUACUAGACCCACAUCUGAGUCCCGAGGAAAACCAAGAAAGCAAGUAUGUGACCCAGAGUGUGGGAAGCUCCUCACACAUGGGAAGGGGGUUCAGAUGCUAGACGGCCUGGCGAUGACCGAAGACCAGGCUGUGCCCAGCACCGUGCAGCCAGCCUUGUGGAGAACGCCGUAACUCCAGUGCCCAAGCCCUCCCCCAGCCCUGUCCCAAACGAACACCCAAACACACGUCCACACCCCAACCUCGGAGUGUGCUAGAGGUUUAUCCCUGAGCCCAGCAUGAUGUUCUGUCAUCCAGCGUUACUGAAGUCCUGUCCACUGAGGAUGGAAAGGUUUGAAAGUUCUCCUUUCUGGGGAUAGAGUAGCUGUUCUAAAGCCAUGGUAACAAAUAGCCACCAGAACAGGGUUUAAAUCCUCUCUAUCCACCAGCGACCACUGUAGGAGUGUCCUGUGGUUACUGUGCCAUGUGCUUAGUGGCUUAAAACAACACACAUUUAUCAUCUCAGGGUUCUGGCGAUGAGAAAUGCAAGAUGCAGCUCACUGAGGUAAAGUCAGUGUGCCAGCAGGGUUGAGGUUGCUUGUGAGGGCUGCAGGGCAGACACUGUUGCUUUGCCUUUUCCAGUGUCUGGAAGAUGCCCAGGCUCUUGGCUCACAGCCCCCUCCCAUCCUCACAGGCCGUCAUGGCUGAUCAAGUGAUUCUCACAUCAGGUUGUUCUGACAGCGACUCUCCUUCCUCCCUCUUUCACCUCAGUGUCUGGACCCUUGGGAUUCCUUUGGGCCCUCCAGGACCAUCUCCCCAUCUCAAGGUCCUUAAUUUCAUGGCACCUGCAACGUCUCUUGGGCCACGUCACAUGACAUAGUCUCGCGUUCCAGGGAUUCGGCCGUGGACGUCUGUGGGCAAGCCUUCUUCUGCUAGCACAGCCACUCUCCUGAGUGGACACACCUCUGCAAGCCUGUGGGUCGGCACCAGCCCCUCCCUGCUGAAAGCCAGCCAGGGGAAAGCCUCUCCCUGCACUGCUUGUGAGGCCCUGCCAGUCCACAGCUGUGCCCGUGCUGGGGCAUUUGAGUCGGGGCGAGAGGAGGCGACAAGUCUGUGGGGAGAGGCAUCUGAGGCCCCAGGGCCUGGGAAGGUCCCAGGCACCAGAGCUCUGAGCUGCCAAGACCUUCCUCGGGGGAGGGGGCGAGGAGCUGGGGAGGGUGUUGUGAGCUGAGUGUGUGUAUCCGACCCCCCACCCCCAGCUCCUAUCUUGGACCCUCAUUCCCAGUGGGGCUGUCGUUGGAGAUGGGGCCUUUGAGGGAGUCCCGGAGACUAAGGUACAUCACAGGCUUGAGGCCCCGAUCUGAUAGGGUUAGUGUCCUUAUGAGCCGAGGCACCGGAGGGCUUGGGCUCCUGCCCUAGCCCAGCUCAAGCCAGGAGAAGCGGCCAUGUCAGGACACAUGAGGCGAUGGCCAUGUGCAAGCCAGGAAGGGAGCUGUCACCAGGAAGUGAGUUAGGGGACCCGCCAACCUUGAUCUUGGACUUCCAGCCUCCAGAACGCGGAGAAAGCACAUUUCUGCCAAAGUCACCCAGUCUAUGGUAUUUCUUUCUUUUUCUUUUUUAAUGGCAGCCUGAGCUGACUAAUACAGUGGAUCGCUAAGCCAGUGGCAUUAAGUAGCUUAUCUACCUGGGCCUUUCUGGGAUGGGCCCAGGUUUCGUUCAUUUCCUCUACUUCUUCCCUACAGCCCUGCUUUGCCCUCGUUAAGACUCCUCUGUGACUUUGGAGUGGGGAGUGAUCAUGGGGCUGAGGAUUCCAUAGGAUGAUGUGCGACAUGCAAGAAUGACCUGCACCAAGGUUCUGCUUACUUUCUUUUGAGCACGUUUGACAUCUUCACAAAAAUCAGCCUACUGUGAACUGGGACCACUGGAUUCAGAUUCUGCAGUGACCCUAUGACACCCCCGGCCCCCCGGGGCCUGUGGUUCCACCUCUCCUGGGAGAGUUCUGUGCCUUGGACUCCCCAGAAGCACAGAGAAGGGUUUGGAUUCUAGAGGGGAGUGUGUGCCUAGCUGUAGGGACAAAGGAAAGACUCCCCAGAGUCAAGGUAUGGGAGGGGGUGGGGGAAGAUGAGAGGCUGCUCUUGUGGGAAUAGAGGAGGCUGGAGGAGGAGAUGGAGCCUGGGUGUGUGUGUGUGUGUUGUGUGAUGUGUGUGUGUGUGUGUGUGUCCAGCCUGAGGUCAGGGGAAGUUGAAGAGAGAGCCGAGGCCCUUCUGGGCCCAGAGAGCUGAUGAGGGUGACAUUCAAGCUCUGGUCAUCCUCCUUUGUCUGCUUCCCCCUCUCCCUCCCCCUCCCCCACCUCCUCUGUCUUCCAACCAGCCUUUUAUUGUUUCUAGGUCUCCUUGUCCCUGCUCCUCUCCAGCCCCUCACCCAUCCCUGCCAGUCACACACCCAACAGGCCAGGGAAGGAUGGGGCUGCCCCCGUGUGAGACGAUGAUGGAUUAUUUUCCCCCAUGAACUAAGAUGCGGGAAAACCUUCAUCUCUGGUCAGGUCCUGUUUAGAGGAGAGAGAAUAAGAUGGCUGUGCCUGAGGAGCUCAGCCUCCACGGCCAAGCUCGGCAGCACUGGGCUUAGGCCAACCCCCGGGAUGUGUGACCAAAAGUCGGGAACCUCUGCCCAGGGACCGGAACAUCUGGUUCACAAGAUCCCGGGCAGCUCAGUGAGUGUGGUAGGGAAGGCCUGACCCUAGGAUCCUACCUUUCCUCUUAGUGCCCCUUGAAUGGAUGUUCUUUAGCAAGAGACAAGCCCUUCCUUCACCCUUCGAGAGAAGACCUAAGGUAAAGGCUAGUCCGGUUAUGUCAGCUCAUCCUAUGUGGUUAAUGACUGCUCCCCUCAAAGCACCUUUGUUUCCUGCCCCCACGGCCUGCGGGGUUCCAGGGCCAGGGAUUGAACCUUUAGCACUUCAGUCACCUGAGCCAGGGACCUCGCUGGAUCCUUAAGUCACUGAGCCAGCAGGGAACUCCUCAAAUCACGUUGAAAAUGGCAGGAACCAGAGUUCUCUUCAUGGCUCAGUGGUUAACGAACCCGACUAGUAUCAAUGAGGAUGAGGUUCGAUCCCUGGCCUCACUCAGGGGGAUAAGUACCUGGCGUUGCUCUGAGCUGUGGUGUCGGUCGCAUAGGCAGCAUGUCUCCCAUGCUGUGGGAGCUGUGAGUAGGCCGGCAGCUGUAGCUCCUAUUUGAUUCCCAGCCUGGGAACGUCCACGUGCCGCAGGUGCAGCCCUAAAAAGCUAAAACAAAUAGAUACAAAUUUAAAAGGUGAUUAAUAAGUGAAACGGCAGGCGCAAAGCCCCCUUAACUCUUUCUGGUGGGACAUGUGACGUGGUCUUGUUUGAGAGGAGCAGAAGUGACUGCAUUUCUGUCUGAUCUUUAGUGUUUCCACUAACCAUUCCAUUGCCUCCUAAAGGCCAGUGCCUUGGGUUGCUGAAGUUGUGACUAUUUGCCAUCUUGGGUCCUUGAAGCAGGUAACCCAAGUGAAUUUGCCAUCUCCCAGGGAGUCACAGCCUGUUCGAUGUCCUCGUCAUUCGCAAACAUCACUAAAAUGGCUUGUCUCGGCUCUUCUGCCUUCAUCGUGGCAACGAACCUGUGAUUAGGAAAUGCCAGUGCUUCUCCAUCCCAACCCUCACUGACACAAAUGACUGCAUCUGUGUUUGAAUAAUAACAUCUCCCCGUGAUGGCCUGAUCUUGGCAGUAAGGCACUGCUCCCGGCAUCUGAAAGCCCAUCAGAGAGUUGGAGAAAACACCCCCAGAGAAAGAAAAGCAGUGCAGUCGAGAGCAGGGGAAGGGGUGCUAACGACAGACCACAGCGAUGCCUCACUUUGCUCUGGAUGCAGCCUUGUCCUGAAAAUCACAGUUCUCUUCCUGUUGGACCUGAGCCGCAUCCCAGCGUUACCUGUAGAGUCACCCCGCUCCAGGAGCCUGAACUGAGUCCACACACUGAACUCACAGACCUGCAGGAGGAGAUGGAAGAAAGAAAAUCAACAGGUUUUGAGGAUGAGAAGAACACAAGUAAUGGCAGAGGAGGUGCUGUGCAAGAGAGAUUGCUGCAGUGGCAUCCAGGACUGUCAGUGGAAGUGGGGAAUGACAUGACACCACCUUUCGGACACCCAACUGGCAAGAGGCCACGCAGUCCAAGAAUUGGUCAAAGACUUGUAGAAACUCUUCCAGAACAAGAUACAUAAUUGGGCCACAAGAACAUAAAAAGAUAAUCAACUCAGUGUCAGUGAUCAGAGAAACAAAUUAAUACUACAGUGCAUGUGCCUCGGAGACACAGCGCCUAUCUCCAGAUGAUAAUUUGUUCAGCAAUAUUCAUACCUCUUUUAUGCAUAAUCAUCAAAAAUAUAUGUCUUUGUCAUCAGAAAAAUGGAUAACCAAAUUGUGCUAUGCUCCUAAAACAGACUGUCUCUUAGCAUAAGAAUAAAACCAAAUGACUGAUGCAACCAAUUGAGAUGGAACCUCAAAACCAGACAUUGGUUGAAAGAACACAGAGAAAGGGCCCCUCCUGCAUCUUUACAAUUCAGUGACAUGCAAGAAUAAACAAACCUCAUCUGUGGGGAGAGGAUUCCGGCCCUGUGUGUCUGUGGAAGAUGGGAAUUGACUGGCAAGUAGCACGGGAGCAGUUUGGGAAUGGUGGAGGUGCAGUCUCUUGAUCUGGGUGGUGAUUCCACAAUGGAUACAGCAUGUUGAGUGUACUGAGCUGUGCUCAUAAGUUGUGUGUGUUUUUGUUCUGGUAAAUUAUAUGUCAGUACAGAAGGGAUGGCAUUAAGAAAGGGGGGUGACAAAGACAAAAAGAGUGCCAGAUGGCAGCAAAUGGGUAACAAAUAUUCACCGUGUAAAUAAUAAGGAUGCUUUGAGAAGAAAACCAAAGUGAUUGAGCAGAACAAACACUACAGAGCAUACUUAAGAGAAAAGAUAAGGAAAUUUAAAAGUUCACCUCACAUUAAAUGACAGACUGCCCUCUUGGGAAAAUCACCCUGGAACAACCAUCACAGACCUCAUCUCCAUUAAAAGUACUGUCAUUCUGUUGACUGUAAUGGGAGAAGGCCCUGGCUCUCCUGCCACGUGUCACCAUGGCAGUGUCUCUUGGCCCUUCAUCAGACUUGAGGGCACAACACAAACUCAUGCGAGAGAACCAGGAGCUUCAGCGGCAGCUGGCCCAGAGCAAGCAGGACUUCCGAGACCUCAGGGAGAAAUUCCUUGUAUCCAAAGCUGCUGCCUACUCCCUGGCCAACCAGCUGCAGAAAUACCAGUGUGAGGGGGACAGAGACAUCAUUGAAUCCGUGCUGGGGGAGAAGCUAGAGUUUAAGUUGGUGAAGCUGGCAGAGGAUCCAGCGCUGGCCGAGAAGUUCCGGGAAUUGGAUGUCCUGAUUCACGCUCAGGCAAGAGAGCUGACCCAGUUACGGCAGAAGGUGAAGGAAGGGAGGGAUGACUGUGUCCUGCUCGUUCAGCACCUCACCGACCUCCUCACCCACAAAGACCUUGACAAGGACCAGGGGCAGGGCUUGCGAGAGCAGCUGACUGAGGGACACAGGCUGGCAGAGCGCCUCGCCCGCAAGUUCAGCCCAGAGAGCAAUGAAGACGAGGAGGAGGAGGCCGAUGAAGCAGCAGCACUCACCCCCAGCGUGGAAGUGCAGGAGGCUGCAAAGGAGGAGGUGCUACAGGAAUCCCAGGAUGAAUGCAUUUCGACCCCUUCAAUGGUCCAGGAAAGGUCUGACUGCACCCAGCCUUCCGGUGAUGGCACUUGUGCAUCUGAUGAGCCAAAAGUUGGCCCUGCCGCAGAUGGAGCCUGUGCUGGCUUCCACGCCAAAGAGGAUGAUGUUCCAAGCCCUCCCCCAGCAGGAAAUCAGAAUGGUCAUGAGGAAGUGGAUGGACAAGAGCCACUGCCCCCCAGCGCGGAGUUGCAGGAGGUUGCAAAGGAGGAAGUGCUCCAGGCGUUCCCAGAUGAAGCUGUUUUGGCUCCUUGCAUUCAGCAGGAAGGUUCUGACUGCUACGCGCCUUGCAGUGAUGGAAAACUGGCAUUUGAUGAACAGAAAAAGGGGUCUGUUCUGGAUGGAGCCUGUGGUUGCUCUCCUGCUGCAGAGGGUGAAAUUCCAGCUGGUCCCCCAGAAAGCCAGAAUGAUCAUAAUGGGGUGAAAGAACCAGAGCCACCUGUCCCCAGGCCUCCGUCCCCCACCAGGCUCCGCGGGGAGCUGCCGCCGAUGGCAGAGUGUGGUGUCCCACUGAACUCACUGGAUGGAAGCGCUUGGUCUUGCCCAGGUCUUCCCGACCUGUCGGACUCCUUCUGGCCUUACAGGAGUGCUGCCACCCUCUCAUUUGAGAACAUGGAUGUUCCUGAUGCUCAGGAUGCAACCAGUGACACCUGGGAGGAUUGUCACCAAGUGCCUUUGAGUUUUGGAAGGCCAGAGAUGCAAAGUUCACAAGCUCAGCUGCAGACAAGCACCCAGGUGGCCAAUGAUCUGCAGCUGCCCCUCGACCAGCAUUUAGAUCGUGGCGAUGGCAAAGCCAGGCUCCACCUUUCCCCCACCAUCCGGGGAUUUACUGCCAACACUGAUACCGGGGACCAAGGGCCACUCUUCCAAGAGCUGGGUCUGGAUGCUUCCAUCGGAAUGAAGACCCCUCCCAAGCUGGAGGGUGAGGGCUCAGCUGCCAGCAGGCAGGAGUGUCGUGUGUGCCACCGCCUUCAUGCCUUAAGUUUCCUGAAAGAGAAGAUUAUCCAAAGAAAACUGCAGUUCAGCAAGUGGAGACUGGCCUGCAGAUUCCCUGGCCUCCUUGCUUAGGCUACCGAGGUAUCUGUUACUUCCAGAACGAAGAAGAGUUAUUGCCCAACCCCAAGAAACCACAGCAGAAAAGAUUCCUUUUCCACCUGAUGAGAAAGACCUACAACAGCCAAUCAAGUUGAAGCCCCAAAGGAACACUGGAGGGAUCGUCUCCUGAGAAUCAGCAUCUCAACCAUCACCUCCUCCACCCACCGUUUUUACUCCAAAAGACUGAUCUCAUGAGAGAAAUCGCAGUCAUCGGCCUCCUCCCAGUCUUGGGUGUGAUCAGUCGAUGAGGAGACCAGGGCCCAGAUGGACUGCAGUUUGGAGCGACCUUCACCCUUGCUCCUGUCCACAUUCAUCCUCCUCACACAGGCAUCAGGAGCCGCUGGCAGAAGGCCCCAUGUCCACCUGGACAUUCUUUGUCAGCACACGGGCUGUGGUCGGAGCAGAUGCCCUUAACUGUGCAGUGUUCUUGCCGAAAGUGUUUCGCCUGAGUGUCUUCAUGAGGUAGUUAUCAGACAGCUGCAGAAUGUAGGCCAGUGGCCCAGACACCUGGCCUGUCUUUCUUCAAACAGUCCAUGUCUCCGCAAGGAAGACAACCAACAGGAGAAGAGAGAUUUGGGGUUCCGAAGGACUAAGAAGUUUAUGUGACUAUAAUUCUUGAGUCCUUUUGAACCCCAAACCUCUCCUCACCUUUUGUGAUUGUCUUUGACUGUGGGGACAUUGACUGGUUUGCAGAGGACAAGUCAGUUGUCUGGCUCACAAGUCUGCAUCCUUCAGUUGUCUGAUGAUUUCCUCCUGAUGCAAUUCAGGGGAAAGCUUUCGCCAAGAGCACAACGCAGUGCCUGCUGUGUGCUUCCUAGCACAGCCCCGCAGGAGGCUGAGAGUGUCCACACUGCCUGCCACCACUCCUGUCAUUCGAGCAUUGGACGCUUUGUUCUGGAGGGUCCUGUGAGAUCUGUCCAUUGGAAAGACCUGUUUUUCUCUCUAUAGUCAGUAAUUUGAUUAGUGGUGUAUGAAUUGGAGUGUAUGAAUAUCUCAUCCUGUGAUGCUGUUUCUCUAAAAAUUUACUAUCCCUUAUCCAUCCCUGAUGUGUGUCCAUUGCCAUAUUUGUGUUUGUAUAUUGGAAACUUUCUCAUUCAGUCAUUCUUUAUACUUGUAUUGCUGCCGUUGUGCUGUGGAAAAGACAAUCCCUACCUCUUCCAUAUUAUUAAAGUGGUUUUUUUUUUUGAGUUUCACCGUGGAUUCAUUCAUUUUUUAAAUUCAGCGCCAUAAUCCCUUAUUAUUUUAGCAAUACAAUUUCUCAUAAAUUUGUUCAAGAUCUUGGCUAUCGUAAAAUAGUGUUCAAAGGGAUUUAAAUAAAUUCCGCAAACUGUAA